AUGUCUUGGGUGAGCAACUUGUGGAAAACUUAUAAACACAACAACGGACUUAUUGGAUCAUAUCUGAAACUGUUUCGAACUGAUGACUUGAAAUGGGGCACUCUGAUUGGAGAAGAUAAAUUCGGCAACAAGUAUUACCAGAAUACAUAUUUCUUCUUGGGCCGCAGUCGAUGGAUGGAAUAUUCCUUACAGUUUGGCCAUGACUAUGAUGCUAGCCAGAUUCUUCCAGAGUGGCAUCGCUGGAUGAGCUACAUGACGGAUGACCCACCAACCACUCAUCCACUGCCACGUAGAGAAUGGAUGAUGGAACACACAGAAAACCUGAGUGGCACCCGAAGAGAAUAUGUUCCUUAUAGCACAGUUCGUCCGAAGAUUGAAGCCUGGGUCCCACCAAGUAGUCAGAAAUAG